CAAACACAAAGAAACGCAAGAAAAGGUAUAUUCAGUCGGUCCGGUGCGAUGAGCCGUCCACCACCCAGGUAUAUGUAACACUUCCACCAGGCCUGCUUUUACAAAGUUCGGCCGGUUCGGAACGUGUUGGUACUCUCUCCCAGCGGUUCACCGUUCACCACCCUAAAACUCUCCAAUCCAAACCUUCAAACAACCUGAACCAAGAAACGGGCUCAUCGUUACUGAAAGGAAGUUGUAAACCUGGAAUAGGAUGGACGGACAUAGGGCGGUAGAUUAGUCAAUUGGUAAUGGCUGGUGUGCCAACCUGAAAGGGUGGAAGAUGUGAUGGAAGGGUCAUCAGAUGAAGCUAUUCUUGCGAGCGAGGCGACGGGUAUAGCCUUCAUCCCGACAAUCUUGGCAGGCGGUUUUGGUGGGCGGCAGCUUUUCCUCCUGAUAGCCUUGACACACACCACAUCCCCAUGAUAUACGACGCCGCCGUCAUUAUCAAAGACUGUCAAAUCGAGGGCAGAAAGCUUGGGUCAAAAUCACAACACCAAGAGCCAGAGCAUCGAUUCCAGUCAAGCGUCUUGGACUUGCGUACCAGUGUAAGCGGAUCAAGGUCUAUGUCUAAUGGCGAGCUACUAUUUUACAUGUCGCUCCGUCUCUGUAUCCUGCUUCUUCUGGAUAAUCAAUCUUGGGAAGUGUGGUCUUGAGCUUAUAAAGCAUUGUGACAUAUCAGCGUCAAAGGUUACACAAACGAAAUCUAUCUUCUCCCG